GCCAGAGUGAAAGGUCAGAGAGCAGCGAGAAGAAAGGGAUCGCCGGAAUCCCAAUCACUCGCGCACACUCACACCCAAAUCCCGAACCAAUAUACAUAUACAGACGCAAUCGUCGCAAACCCAGCUACCCAGCAAACCCAGCACGCUUCGAAGUUGUAGGGUUUUUGGCGAGUCUAGGGGUUCUUGUUGCGAUUUGAAUCGGUGUUCAAAAUUUGACAGGACGAUUUGAAGGAAAGUAGUUGCUGGAGUUGAAUAAAUGGGCUUCGAGGCCGUGCACUGAUGUCCCUGUUCUGGAUUGUUGUUCAUCAGCUUGCAGAGAUCGAAGCAAUGGCCGCGUCGAAGAAAGUCAUAACGAGGGAAGAGUGGGAGAAGAAGCUCAAGGAUGUAAAAAUUAGGAAAGAAGACAUGAAUAAAUUGGUGAUGAACUUCCUUGUCACUGAGGGUUAUGUGGAUGCUGCUGAGAAAUUCCGUAAGGAAUCUGGAACCGAACCAGAUAUUGAUCUUGCAACAAUAACGGAACGCAUGGCUGUCAAGAAGGCAGUACAAUGCGGUAAUGUGGAGGAUGCGAUUGAGAAAGUGAAUGACUUAAACCCUGAGAUUCUGGAUACAAAUCCUCAAUUAUUUUUCCAUCUCCAACAGCAAAGGUUGAUAGAACUAAUUCGGAAUGGAAAAGUCGAAGAGGCUCUUGAGUUUGCUCAGGAAGAGCUAGCACCAAGGGGAGAAGAAAAUCAAAGCUUUUUAGAAGAGUUGGAGAGGACUGUUGCACUGCUAGCUUUUGAAGAUGUGAACAACUGUCCCGUCGGAGAGCUUCUCGACAUAUCACAGCGCCUAAAGACAGCAAGUGAGGUGAAUGCAGCCAUCCUUACCAGCCAGAGUCAUGAAAAAGAUCCGAAGCUUCCAAGCUUAUUGAAGAUGCUGUUAUGGGCUCAGAACCAGCUUGAUGAAAAAGCCGCUUAUCCUCGGAUAAACGAUCUUUCCACUGCCAAGCUAGAAGACCCUACCGUCUAGAUGAUCUCCAACCUCCUUGCAUGGAGAGAUGGAGGAUUAGGUUUCGUCUAGGCUUUCUCAUGGGAUGUCAAAUGAUGUAUGUACCUUUGUUGCGAAAAAUGACUAUCUACACUCCUCUCAGAUGCUGUUUCAUUGCGAUCUUUGUUUCCAUUGUUGUUGAGAGAUUGUGGAUUAUUUCUUUGGCUGUUUAAGGUGUAACAUAAACAAAUGAUAUGAUUAACGCGACGGAGAUUUAAAUUGGGGUAGA